AUGUCGGGAAGAGAAGAUAUCAGGAACCUCUUGAGUGAGGCGGCGAAAUUUUAUGCGGCCAAGGACUACGAAAGAUCGACGAAUCUGUAUUCGGAGGUCAACGCGAUGCAUGACGCAUUGACGGGCGAGAGUAGUGCAGAUUAUCUGUUUCUGUAUGGAAAGUCGCUUUAUCAAUUAGCUUUGAGCCAAUCUGAGGUGUUUGGUGGUGACGAAGGGGAACAAGAUGGAGCGCAAGGUGAUGAUGAUGCUGGAUCCGAUGAGGAAGAAAAAAGCGGUGAAAAUAAACAGUUGUACCAAUUCAGUGAUGUAGUAGCGGAGGGAGAAGUGCCCGAGGGUGACAACAAUGGCGAUGAAGCCCCACAAGAAGACGAGGAAGAAGAAGAAGAAGAAGAAAAAGACGGAGAUGACCACGGGGAAGAAGAAGAGCCACAAGAAGAGCAGGCUUCAGAUUUCGAAAACGCAUGGGAAAUGCUGGAAUUAGCGCGUUCGAUCUACGAGAAAACGCAGCCACAAGACCAGGAGAUACUGGAGAAGUUGUGUGAGACCUAUAGCAUCCUCGGGGAGAUCUCACUGGAAACGGAAAACUUUACUCAGGCCACACAGGACCUCACAAGAUGUUUGGAGCUCCGCAAACAAGCUUAUGGCGACAAAGACCCUACCCAUAGAUUGAUAAUUGAGUCGCACUACAAAUUAUUUUUGGCACUCGAGCUUGACCCCACUCAAGAUGCUCAGUCGCAGGAACAGCUGGAAAAAGCCAUCCAGCUACUACAAGCGCGAAUUCAAGCCGGAAAAGCGGAGAAGGAUGAAGAGGGUCUACUAGAAGAGCUGAAAUUGAAACUCAAAGAGCUCAAGACCUCGCAACAAGCGCUUGACGCCCUCAAUAAGGCAAGUGUGGCCCAAUUAAAAGAAGCACUCAUCUGUGGUAAAACUAGUGUGGAUAAACCUGCUUCCAUAAACGACCUCACAUCAAUGGUAAAGAAAAGGAAACCAAAGUCGCAGUCUAAUCAGGAUCUGGACUCCACGCUCAAGAAACAAAAGAAAUGA